UUCAAUGUUCCCCAACAGACUAUUGACGCUACUGUGACAUACUUUUAAAUUUCUGAGAACUCUUUAGGGCUUUUAACUUCGAACUCCUUUAUUUUUUUCCCUUGUCAAAGUUUUCUCAAAGCUAGCGGGUAUGUACUUUAAGGUAGAGACGACUACAAUUGAUCCUGGCGCGGAUAUCCUACAUCCUGACGAUGCCCAGUAUAUAUGGCUGCCGAUUUCAGUGCUUGUUGGCAUUUUUAUUCUGGCAGCUUUGGUCUACGCCAUGUCACGUACUCGCUGUCGCUGCUCCUUGUCAUGCCUGAAGCACAGGGCUCACCCAAGAAAUGGAUACAUUAAUGUAGACGAAGAGGACUCUGAUGUGCCAAUGGCUUGCGGGGAUGAGCUGGGAGAAAGUCUUCUACAAGGACGUCUGCACAUAGAGGAUCGGCGAAAUGAUCGCAUAAAUUCAUAAAAAAAUACAUAUGUCUUGUUCAAGACAUGAAUAAACUUUAUUGUCCACGUUGUGCUCCAGGUGGUUGUCAUCGGCUUACUAUAAAAAACUACGUGCCUCUGUUACAUGUAAACUAUACAUCGAAAAUACACCUAUUUUAUUUAUCAGUA